AACAUCAGCUAAUUAGAUAACAUCAAAGACAAUGGAAACAGAUUACAGCGAUUCCGAUGAUGACGAAUCAGAUGAUGAUAUAUCCAAACUUGGUUACCUUGACGAGAACGUCAUCCUUAAAACAUUGAAGAAACGUUUUAAACAAGACAGAUAUUAUACAUUUUUAGGUGAUGUAUUGGUAUCAAUUAAUCCAAAUAAACCAUUGAUGAUAUAUAAUGAUCAGUUCCACGAACACUACAAAGUGUUGCCAAUCUCAAAGAAGCCUCAUAUUUUCUGGAUUGCAAAGCAAGCUUAUACAGAACUUAUAGAGACCAAAAGACACCAGUGUAUUUUAGUCAGCGGAGAAUCUGGAUCAGGAAAAACAGAAAACACAAAACUCAUUGUACGCCAUCUCGCUCAUAUUUCAUCUACAAGGAAAAAUAAUUUACAUGAAAAAAUAGUACAGAUCAACCCAUUGCUAGAAUCGUUUGGAAAUGCACAAACUUGUAUAAACAAGAAUUCAAGCCGAUUCGGAAAAUACAUCAGUUUGAAAUUUGAUAUAAACGGAGCCUUACAUUCAGCAUCAAUACAACACUAUCUCUUUGAAAAGACACGUGUGGUUUCCGGUUUGGCAGGAGAACGGAAUUUUCACAUGUUUUAUUAUCUUCUGUCCGGAUUACCAGAACAUCAAAAACAAGAAUACGCGUUAUCAAAAGCUACUAAAUAUAGAAUAUUAGGUACAGAAUCUAUACAACACGACAUGAGUAAUUGUAGUAUGAACAAACUAGAGGAACAGAUCGGAAUCAUGAAAAUAAUCGGCUUUACUGCUCAGGAGAUAUCUUUUAUAUUGAUGUUGUUGGUAGUCGUUCUACAUAUCACCGAGAUCGCAUUUGAAGAUGAUCAACAGAAGGAAAUUAUUAGUAUUACAAGCAUCCAUACUCUCAAAACAGUUUGUGACCUGUUACAGUUAAAUACAAAAGAUUUCAGAAAUGCUCUACUGAUGAACACUGUCUGUAUAAGAGGGGAAAAUGUGCAAAUAAAGAAAACUGUAACCAAAGCUUGUACUGAACGAGAUGCACUAGCGAAAGCUCUUUAUUCCAAACUGUUUGACUGGAUUGUAGAAAAGAUCAACUCACACCUAAGUAGUACACGUAUAUCUUCGACUGUUAAAGAUAUAAGUAUUCUAGAUAUGUCGGGAUUUGAAAAUUUACCAAGAAAUGGAUUUGAACAACUUUGUAUAAAUUCAGCAAAUGAAAGAAUGCAAAUGUUUCUUACCGAAGCAAUGUUUGUUCAAGAAGAAACUGACUAUAUAUCAGAAGGCAUAAUGGUUUCCCCUGCUGAGUUCCAAAAUAAUGACGAAACUGUAGAUUUCUUGUUUGAAAAGCCAGUAGGAAUAUUUAAUAUAAUAGACGAAGAAACAACAUUUCCGAAAUCAACAGAUACGACUUUAAAACAGAAAUUGGAUCAAGUUUGUUCAACCUCACCAUUCUAUUCAUCAACGGCCGAUGAUGACAAGUUUUCUAUAUCUCAUUAUGCAGGAAAAGUCGAAUACCAUGUGGAUGGUAUGUUGGAGAGGAACAGGGAUAAAUUGAGUCAAGAUUUUGUCAGCUGUCUGUCUGAGAGCCAGAAUCAAUUUGUUCGGAGCUUAACAGAUUUUUCAAGCAACUUGUCAACGAAAUGGAAAUCACAACAAUCUCUAAGCAAGAGUGAAGAUACUGUCAGUGAUAUAUCUAUCAGUAGUUACGAUAGGAAUACUAGUACACAUUCAAAGGAGAAAAGAAAAAGUUCUGGGAGUAGUGGCUCAGGGUCUCGAAAAUCUAACUUUGUUUCCAGACAUUUUCGGAGAUCAUUAUCAGAUUUAAUGAACAAAAUGUCUGAUGCCAAGCCUUGGUUUGUCAGAUGUAUUAAGCCCAAUGAAAAGCAAGUUCCAGAUAAGUUACAAACGGAUCUUAUUGUGGACCAGUUGAAGUGUAAUGGGUUACUUGAAAUUGCAAGGAUUCGUAAAAAUGGAUACGCACUUCGAUUAACUGCAGAAGAAUUCUUACAGAGAUAUCGAGACAUAUCAUUUGAAAGGAAGGAGAUAAUACAAUCAACAUUUGACAACUGUGAAAAAGUUCUACUUGACGCCAAAGUUACUGGCUAUGCCUUUGGAAAACAAAAGAUAUUUCUUCGCCAUUGGCAUGGUCGAAUUUUACAAGAUCUUGUAUCUGAAGCAAGAACAAAAAUGAUAGACGCUGCAGGUGGUGACAAAAAUGACACUGCUAUAACAGGAACCGAGUAUAUCGCAUGCGCCAACACAGAUGGAGAGGACACGAUACACGAAGAUACGUGUGACGAAAACAGUACCUCUAAAACAACACCAAAACGUUCUAACUCAUGUACGUCUACGUCAUCACAACAACGUGUGGCUGAAUGGAUGCAGCAAAAUGAUAAUAUAUCAGAAGAUGUUAGUCUACCAAUGUUUGAACCUGGACCUCCGCCGGUAUUUCCCAAACCUCAGAGGGAUCAACAUGUCAGAAUAAGUAUUCCAGAGUAUUCAGAAAGAAAAGUCUUUGACGAGCGUUUGUGGGAUAGAUUUCAGAUGAUCCCUCGUGAAAGAAUAUCUACCAGUGAUACAAUUCGACCAUUUGUUAAAGUAUUUAAAUUCAUCUGUUAUGUCCUAUUGUUUUGUCUUGUUUUGACAUCAGCUGUUGUUAGUAAGAUGUGUGUUCUAUUAUUGGCAUCCAGUAUUAUAAAAGAUCCGGUGACAAAGAAUGAUGCAGACUCUCCUGCGUAUACUAUGUUAGUUAUAGUUAUGUGUUCGCCAUACAUCUGUUGGGUAUUUAGUUACUCCGCAAAGUCCUUGUUUGGAAGUAGUGCUUGGCCAUCAUUCCGGAUGGUAGUCGUUACGCUGUUUGUGGAACUUUUACAUACUUUUGGAUUAUCCUUACUAGUUUUUCAUAUUUUGCCAAGAAUGGACAUGGCAAGAAGUUUACUAACAUUUUGUGGAGUAUCUACAAUACCAGCAUUUUUCAAAACAAUAGGUCUAGCCUGUGAUUCAAGUAUUCCGCCAGUAAAAAGAUGUGCUCUGGGACUUAUCAAUAGCCUAGCCUUUAUAAUACAGCUAGCAAAUCUAGCGGCAUCAACUUUAUUUAGUACACCGUUAACUGAAACUGAAAAGAAUACUCUCAAAGCUACUGUUUUAAAUAAUGAUGAAAUAGUUCACACUGUUUCGAGACCACCGUUAACAUUUGAAGAUAGAAUUAUGUGGGAGAUACCAGUAGCUUUACUUUUCAUCAGUAUAUCAUACUGGGAAAAUUUUGUUUAUGGUAAUUUCAGUAUACAUUCUUUUCACAUUCCGUUGUUAGAAUGGAAGAAACAGAUGCAUUCCGUGCGCCAACGCCUAUACAUAUUCGCUGGAAUCUGGAAGAUAGGCUGGACAAUGGUCUUUGCUGUUUUGUUGUUUCCUGGAUUUAAUUUCAAUAUUCUUUUUAGUGAUAAACCUCAGGUCGUGAAAAGUGAUAAUACUGUUUUACCCCAACUGCUAACAACAACACUUUCGUAUAACAUCACAGAGAGGUCAACGCUGAAAUCUACCUCGAGUCUUCCAACUAAGGAAACGACAACUCCUUCAAUUUAUGAUGGCUCCGGACGUAAUAUAAGAGUAAGACGAUCAAUUGCUGACGAUAUUAACACACAUGGUAUAAAUGCCGUAACUAAUCUUACCAGUGACACAUUAAAUCAAAAGUAUCAGAAGCUAUUGUCAAGUACAAUAUCUUCCAUAACCCGAUCAAAUACAGCCAACAAUUCUACAAACCCCACAGCGAAAUCGAAAACCUCCAAUAACAAUGAAUUUUCCUUUUCAAUUCCUGAAGCACUGAAAAUUAACUUUAUACAAUAUGGACCAUUAUACUUACAUCUUAUUUCCAGCACUUUGAUGUCGUACUUUGGUAGUCUGGCUUGCAAGUUAUGUAUGCAAACAUUUGGAUUUACUAUACCAUUAUUUCUAGCAACACCAGCAACUCUUGGUUUAAUUCUUGCACAGUCAUAUACUCAGUUUAUACCAUCCUAUUUUUACGUCUGGAUUUGCCCGGAAAUGGAAGGAAACAUUAGACUUUACCAUUUGUUAUGGUUUGGAGUCCUGUGGAUUUCCCAGGUUAUUGUCACAGCACAUAUAUGGUCCCCUAAAAAUGGACGUAUGGCCAAAAUAGAUAGAUUAUUUGUACUGCCCAUUCGAUGUGGAGUUCUUCUCGAUCAUAGUAUGAUGCUUCGUCGAAGGACGAAUGAUCGUGAUUGUUCUUUGUUUAAUGCCGACGAAGAUGAUUCAUUUAUGUUUGACGACGACGAGGAGAUUCAUAAAGCAGACGAUGUUGUGCCUCAAAUAUACGCGUGCGCAACAAUGUGGCACGAAACCAGAAAUGAGAUGACACAACUGUUAAAAUCAAUUUUCAGAAUGGACAUAGAUCACAGUGCUCGCUUUCUUGCUCAGAAAUUCUAUGAUAUCAAGGAUCCGGACUAUUAUGAAUUUGAAGCACAUAUUUUCUUUGACGAUGCUAUGGAGCUAUCAGAUGAUGAUAUACUUGUACCAAAUAGUUUCGUUGCUGACUUAAUAGACUGUAUAGAGGAUGCAUUGAGCUCAGUACACGAGAGACAAAUGUAUAUUAGCUCUCCAGUGAGAACACCAACUCCUUACGGUGGACGUCUGAUCUGGCGAUUGCCCGGUGGUACAAAACUCAUUGCACAUCUGAAGGAUAAACAUAAAACUCGUCACAAGAAACGGUGGUCACAGGUGAUGUAUAUGUAUUACCUGCUUGGUUAUAGAAUCUUAGCUCAGCCAGAAAAUCUCCUACGUAAAGACGGUGAUAGAACUGAUACUCCGGACUCAGAUAAUUCCAGAGUUCGUCUCACAGAAACUCAAUUACGACGAAGGCGACAGGCGUCCCAUUUUACCCGCAGUGUCAUUUUUAACUAUACUAGUGAGGAAGUUCAUACGCAGGCAGAGAAUACAUUUAUUUUGAGUUUGGAUGGCGACGUUGACUUUAAACCUGAUGCUGUCAGACUGUUAGUCGAUCGACUUAAGAAGAACAAAAAAGUUGGAGCCGCAUGCGGACGUAUUCAUCCUAUUGGUUCAGGUCCAAUUUUGUGGUAUCAAGAGUUUGAGUAUGCCAUCGGUCACUGGUUACAGAAAGCUACUGAACAUGUAUUUGGUUGUGUUCUCUGUGCUCCUGGGUGUUUCAGCUUAUUUCGUGGAUCUGCAAUUAUGGAUGACAAUGUUGCAAGGAGUUAUGCAAUACGGACAACCGAGGCAGGACAAUAUGUACAAUAUGAUCAAGGUGAAGACAGAUGGCUAAGCACUCUCCUUCUGCAGCAAGGAUACAGAAUAGACUAUUGUGCAGCUGCAGAUGCUUUGACGCAUGCCCCAGAAACCUUUUCGGAGUUCUUUAAUCAGAGACGUCGAUGGGGACCUUCUACACUAGCAAACAUUUGCGAUUUAUUGGGAGAUUGGAAGAACACUGUUCGUCUUAAUGAUAAUAUCAGUACCCUUUACGUUCUAUAUCAGUUUCUUUUGCUAGUGUCUACCGUACUUGGUCCUGCAACAGUAUUACUUAUGAUGGCUGGAGCAUUUACUGUCGUAUUCAAGACGACAAUUGUAGAAUCAUAUGCAAUAUCGUUGCUUCCAGCAAUAUUCUUUAUUGUGGUUUGCAUCUUCACCAAGCCGACCACUCAGAUCACCGUAGCCACUAUAAUGAGUGCGUGUUAUACUAUCUUUAUGACCAUUGUUUUAGUUGGAACCAUCGGUACAGGUAUUGAAGGAGGUAUAACUAGUCCGAAUGUCAUAUUUCUUAUGCUAUUGGUGAUCAUAUUCUUUAUAUCGGCUUUGCUACAUCCAGAGGAGUUUGCGUGUUUGAUUUCAGGAGCACUAUACUUCAUUUGCAUACCAAUUGGCUAUCUUCUUUUAACGAUUUACUAUUUAUGUAAUUUGCACGUUGUAUCAUGGGGUACUCGAGAAGUACCACAAAGAAAAUCUCGUGAGGAGAUAGAAGCUGAAAAGAGGGCUGAGGAAGAGAAGCGAAAAAAGAGAGAGGAAAGAAAAGGAUUCUUAGGCUGGCUUGGCCUAGAUACUGUCAUGAAUGAGACAGUUGAGAUGUUCAAGCAGUUCCGACAAGCUGCCAGUGCUAAUAAAACUGACACAAAGCCAAAAACUGAUGAAUUACUUGAAGAACUUAUUCUAGAACUUCGACAGAGCAGGGACAAUAAGACACUUCCUCCAAGACAAAGAUCGUCAUCCACCAUGACUGAUAAAGGCGAGACUCCAAUUGUACAGGAGAAAAAGAUAGAACCGGUUCCGGGUAAUCUGUCAUUGAUAAGAACAGACUCGACACCGGCUUGGCUGAGAAACGAAGACCCGGAAAAUCCAGGGUGGCUAACCAGUUCAACAUGUGGUGAGGGUCCGAUUAAAAGAUUGACAGAGAAAGAACGUAUAUUUUGGAAACAACUUAUUAAAAAAUAUUUGUUUCCUAUAAAUGAAGAUAAAAUGCACCAGGAAAAAGUGGCAACCGAUUUAAAAAAUCUACGAAAUAACGUUGUAUUUGGUUUCUUUAUGACAAGUGCAUUGUGGGUAGCUCUAACCAUGCAGCUGCAGUUGUUACAAGAUGAGUUUAAGGAUACUGUUUUAUUUAUAAAGAUUCCUUACUUCGACUCUUCUAGAAAAGAUCUGACAUUUGAACCACUAGGGAUGCUUUUUCUUGCUUUGUUUACCACAAUUUUAUUUUUUCAAUUUAUUGGAAUGCUUUCUCAUAGAUGGGGAACAAUUUUACAUGUUUUGUCAAUAACAGAUAUUUCCUGUACUCAGCAAUUUACGGAGAAACAUAAAAUACAGGAAAUUAUAACUAGAACAAUGGAAUUACAACGCGUCAUUAACAUAGAAAAUGAACCCGAACCGGAUUACGACGAUGGAUUAACAGAUUUUGACGGUGAAGAUUUCGAUGAUGAAGAUGACAUUUCUUCUUCUUUCUAUACAGACACAUCAAGUUCGUCUUUUAGUAUAUCGCGUCCUCCACCAUCUUAUCAUUCACACGAUAUAACCAAUGGGAAGAAAUGCAUACGCCGUCGACAUAGUGCUAUAUUUAACAGACGAGGCCAUGCUACUGGACGUACUUUACGUCACGCCUUUGAGAGACGCUAUAGAAAUGAAUUACAAAGGACUACAAGUGGCGAUUCCGAGAACGACACAGCUGCCCCAGAGGGUGCUGGAACCAAUAUUAUUAGAACUGCUUCUCUGUGAACGCUUGCAUAUUAAAAAAAUUCAAUGGCAUAGAGCUUAUCAAUUGUGAUUCCAACUGUAUCUGUGAUGAAGAUUUUUUUUUCUAUUUUUAUGAAUCGUGAAUGAUUUUUUUUGUUUUUAUUUGGGAAAUGCAAAACACGUAUAUGACUCUUUUUAAUACACACAAGGAUGAUGGUUAUUCUCAUAUCUUCUAUUUAUGAAUAAUCAGAAUUGUAUGAUUGUACCAAAUCUGUGUGUGUGUUACAAAAAAAUGUGUUCAAUGGUUGUAACAUACACUUAGAACGUGUAACGUUAAUCAGAUAAAUCAAAUUUUGAUGAGAUAAAAAAAAAUGUAUUUGCUGAAUAUAAAAUUAAUAUGGAGACCACUAAGGAUUUUAUGGUUUUUUUCCUGCACACAAUC